AUGGGUCUCUCUACGCACGUCCGUCGCGGUCAUCCCAUCACCUUUGGGCUCCUUAUAUUCUUUGGAAUUAUCGAAGGCUCCAUUGCAACAUGGCUCACGGCCCGGUACAAGCAGCAUCGGAACUGGCUCAGCAUUUCUGUUCGUGACCGAACCCAUCUUCUCUUGUUCACAAGCUGGUGGACCGUGCUCCUCUCAGGUAGGCCACCUGAUGCUGUGUUGGCGUUGCCGUUAGCACUGACUAGGCUUGCUAGCGCGCUCGUUCACCUAAUCUUCCUCGGAAUUACUUGGGUAUUCUGGACAGCGGGCGCCGCAUCUAUAACGGCCAGCAUGGGCGGCGGCAUCAAUUGCUCACGCGUCGCGGAACAGGUUACCUAUUGCAACCAAUUGAAUGCGUUGAUGGGGUUCGCAUGGGUCGAAUGGGUCUUGACGACUUUUGCACUUUUUGUGGUCAUCAUUUGUGCCGUCCGCUCGGCACGCCGUGGUGAUGGAACCCGUGGCGCUCUCGUCGUUGACUAG